CGUAACCCAAUUGAAAAACUGUUUUUAGGUUCCAUUUACCACACGUAUAAAAUCAAUAAACCACCUAAACCUUCGCUCAGCCGCGCAGUUCAAGUGUUGAAGAUUUCUAGGGUUUCUGCUCUCUCUUGCUAGUUCGCCGAAAUGACGAAGAGAACAAAGAAGGCUGGCAUCGUUGGCAAGUAUGGCACUCGUUAUGGUGCUAGUUUGAGGAAGCAAAUUAAGAAGAUGGAAGUAAGUCAGCACAGCAAGUACUUCUGUGAAUUUUGUGGAAAGUACGCCGUAAAGAGAAAGGCUGUUGGAAUAUGGGGUUGCAAAGAUUGUGGCAAAGUGAAAGCAGGAGGCGCUUACACGUUGAAUACCGCUAGUGCCGUCACUGUGAGGAGUACUAUUAGAAGGUUGAGGGAGCAGACAGAGAGCUAAAUUAACUUCCAGAUUUUGUUGUUGAGGUUACGUGGAGUAAUUUUGUUGAGGUUCUUGAGUCAGUCUUUGCCGAAUUUUAUCUUCUCGAACGGAAGUUGAGAAAUUGAUCAUUUUGUUUUGACUAUUAAUGAAUGUGGGAUAUUUAUUUUAGAA